UGACAGGCGGGGCUUGAACUUAUGAUUAGUCAUCUUAUUAGGUUGUAUCAGCCCUUUAACCAUCGAGGUCUGCUAACCUUGCGAUGUCGAUCGACCACGCCCUUCGUUGUUGAUGAUGAGGAAGAUGGAGACCGAGAGUGGAUGAGUCGCUUCAUCCGAGUGCGGACCGCUGACAAGGCGAGGUCGCGCUCCUCUGAAGAGGAGGAAGGGUUGCCAGCUUUCGGGCUAAAGAACGACAACAAUAAGCAAAAGAUGCUUUUACAGGGCAAUGGCACUCAAAGCAAGGCAAAACGGGACCGAGGCUUCGGAGCGGAAGCAUCAUUCGAGCCUGCCACGUCCAUAGUUCCUGGUUUUGGAAAGAUGGUUUCUCCGUUGUUGUCGCCUUCUUUUUUCAUCGACAGUACUUCGAGGGAUACUAGAAACUCGGGGUCGCAUACACUAAGAAACCGUGCCUCGACUGGAGUCGAUCCUUUCAGAGCUGAGGGAACUGGGUUGGCAGAUAUGCGCUCGGCCUUCGAGGAAGCCCAGCGGCUUCACUUCGUGGUGAGUUUUGGCACAGGACUUUCGAACUUCGCGUCUUCCCUUCCUUAUUGGGUUUUCUUUUGCAGGCCUUCGACAAGCUUAAGUCCGGGCUGCUUCGUUGUAAAGCCAAGAUGCGGAAAGCUUUGGAUGAGGAGAGAUACCUUAGGCUCCUUUGCGAUGAAAAGGAAGUCGAGUUGGUACACUUGCUGUAUGAGUUGUAGAAAAAGACAGAAGCCUUAGAGCACCUUUGGGAUGAAGCUGGCUAAGUCAAGCGUGAGCAUGAUGAGCUAAAAGCUCGGGUGGAGA